UGGGAAUUUGAAUUUGGUCAGCAAAACUCUGAACAGUUCCUCGUGUCUCCUCGGUUGAAGAGCAUCUAUCUUAACACGUGUUUUAAAACUUAAUUUUAAAUUGUAACUUUAUAAGUUCAAUAUUUUGAACGACAAUUUAUCGCUACACAUCUCAGAAUUCAUCAGGUAAAAAAGGUUUAUUCCUCUAUCGUGAAAAGAAUAACUACAAACGUAUCACGAGUCCGCAUCACAAAUAUAAAAAUCGAGAAUGCGAAAAUCAACAAAGCAACAGUCAAUCAAACGACAAUCGAAAAUAUAUAAGCUCCGUAAUCUUAUCCGCGCUAUAAAAUCUCAAGACGAAGAUUACAUAGAUAAUGUAACAACCAAAAAUGUCAAUAUUAAUGACAAUUACCUUAAUGACGGAACUCCUCUACAUGUAGCAGCGCGAGUCGGAAAUUAUAAAAUAUUUCAAAAGUUGAUAAAAAUCGGUGCUGAUAUACACAAACGACAUCAAACAACUCAAGAAACAGUAUUAGAUAGCGCCAUGGAAUUCUUCAAUUACGAUAUCGUCAGGUAUUUGGAAGAAAAUGGUGUAGAAAAAUCUGAUCGAAUUGAAGGAGAAACUGCAUUGCAAUUUACCGCCGUUGAAGGAACAAAAGAAGUCAUGAUGUUAAUAUUAGCUAAAAUACCUGACAUUAAUAUUAAAUUUGAUGACGAAAGCACUCCUAGAGCUGAUUUUGCAGCUAUAUCCUGCGAUCCAAAGUAUGCUCCAGUAAUUGAAUUCGUGCUUGAUCUUUUUUUCUCAAGUGAAGAAGAUGGUGACACUAAAACAAUUUUCCAUGCAGCUGCUGAUAUUAAAAACCAUACAGUCUUGAAGAAUUGGCUAAUUUCAUUCUCUCGCAAAGUUGAUUUCAUUAAAGACAUUAAUUUUCAUUCGUACUUGACACAGAUAAUGUGUUAUCAUAACUACCUUCUGCGUCACAGGAUCGCUGAAAGCGAUUCUGUGUUUCAAUCCCAUAGAACCGUUAAAUAUGGUAUGUAUUAUAUUAUGAGGCACAUUGUAGAAUUGUUAGCAGCGGGUUUAUAUGUAUCUGAUCGAAAUAUUAAAGUUUUUUGUAAGGCGGAAAGAUUUGAUGGUUUUUUAGCUGAGUGUCUGUUAGAAGUCGAAAAAAUGAAAAAAAAUGUGAUUGAAGGCAGUAAUAUCACAUUUAUAGAGAUUUUACAUAAAAAUGUGCGAUACUCGGCACGUUAUUUGAAGAUUGUUGAUUUAAACAAAAUAUUGAUACGUGAGCCUCUAUUUCCAGAGUACCCAAUAUAUGAAAAUAAGAUCUAUUUUAAAUUGUGGAAAACUCAGAUAAGAGUUAACUACGUAAAAGAUUCUGAGGAAGUUAUUUAUAAUAUUUUUUAUGAAUUACAACUUCCGGAUACUUUUAUCAGAGAAUUGUAUAUUUACUUGUCAAAUGAUGAUUUGAAAGAAAUCAUUAAACCAUCUAGAUAUAAAAAAAAUGUUGGAAAAUCCAAAAGUGCACACCUCAAUCGCUCACUUUAUUUUUAAUCAUUACUUUUAUCAUAUAAUACUAAUGUAUUUUUUUUUAUUAUGAACUUUUAUUCAAUUUACAAAUUAACACACACACACACACACACACACACACACACACACACACACACACACACACACACACACACACACACACACACACACACACACACA